AUGUCAUCAGACCAGGAAAAGCUUCAAGAAUUUCUCCGGGUGAACAAAAACAUCAAAUUCAUUCGCAUACAAUGGAUCGACUACUCUGGUGUAUUGCGUGUCCGCUUCGUUCCCAUGGCCCGCUGCCUUCGAAUUGCCAGCGGCAGUGAGAUCAUUCAUCUCGCUCAAAACAGCAUGAUCAUUCCCAUCUCUACUGCUCCCAGAAUCUUUUCCCUCAGCGACUAUCACGAAACUUGGAACUUGUGCCCGGACUGGUCCUCCCUACGUCCUUGCGGUUUCAAAUUCGGCCAUGCGGCUGCAAUGAGCUUUGUCGACCAACAGGAUGCUGUGAAGAGGUUUGACAAGUGUCCCCGCAUGCUUCUAGUUAAGGCAAUUGAGCAACUAGAGAAUGAAUGGGGAUCAACAAUAUUGAUCGGCUUUGAGAUCGAGUUUGUGCUUCUAGACGCAUCAGACAACGUUAUUCAACCCAUGGAUCGGCUGAACGGCUACUCAAGACCAGCGGGACUGCGUGCCGAGACGUUGAAAUUGGUCGAAGAGAUCAUCACCGCUCUUGAGCUGUCAUCCAUCAGCAUUCACCACUUUCAUGCGGAAGUCAACGACCAACUGGAGAUUGCUCUUGCCCCGGAGCCAGCACUGAAGGCUGUUGACUCCCUUAUUCUGGCACAAGAAGCUAUUCGUACAAUAUGCGUACGACAAAACAUCAAAGCGACAAUGACACCAAAACCAACCAUGACAGGACCCUCAAAUGGCCUGCAUCUCCACCUUUCUCUUGAUAAGCUUGACCAUGCCCUGGUGGAUCAUUUCGUGGCCGGCAUUCUUGAUCAUAUGGGCUCACUCUGCGCCUUUGGCAUGGCAAACUAUGAUGGCUACGUUCGCUCGGUCAGCGACGCUACCGGGACAUGGAUCGGAUUCGGCACCGAUAAUCGUGACCUACCUGUACGAAAGAUCAGUGACUUGCACUGGGAGGUUCGCAUGAUGGACGGUACUGCAAAUCCGUACUUGUUCACCGCCACCGUUGUGCUAGCCGGGCUAGAUGGGCUUAGGAAGAAGACUGUUCUGGCUUGGAAAGACUGCAAGUUCUUCCCAGACGUAAUGGACGAAAAGAUGCGAGCAGACCACGGAAUGGACAAGCACAUGCCAGUAACGUUGAAAGAGGCGCUGCAUUCGUUAAAGGAGGAUGAAGCUAUGAGGAGUUUGGUUGGGGAUGACUUGCUCAAGUGGUAUAUCUCCGUAAAGGACAAAGAGGUAGAAGAGUUCGGGAAAAUGACUGACGAGGAAAGACGAAAGCGGUUCUUAGAGUAUUUUUAG